AUGCGUUUAUCAUCUUCCCUAGCUGUAUUCGCAACUAUCGCGCUUGUCGCGGCCUUCGUAGUUCCUUCGGUCCCUUCUUCCCACAGAUCACAGUUGGCUCGCGCCUCUAAUUCGACUGAUGGGGACCACGGUGGUGUUCCUCCAUCUACUGUUGGGAAACAAGGUCCUACUGCCUCUGUUCUAGGCGGUAAGAAGGGGCCAACCCCUUCUAUCCGAAACCCUUCUUCCACUGGUCAAGCUGACCCUCUCAGAGGAGGGUCUGCCACGGGCUUCCCUUACAAAAGUGGGGAGAAAGCUCCGAAGAAAGGUUCCAAGUCUUACGCGUCGUCUAAAGGCGGAAGUCCUGCUAAAGGAUCCCAAAGUGGCUCCUCAUAUAAGAGUGGUCACCAUAAGGUUUCCCCGUCCAGUUCUGCGACCUCGCCUUCUAAAGCUGCUGUUCCGCUGGGCGGAUAUCCGUCGAAGAGCGGAUAUAAAGUCCAUUCUUCCGCAGCUUCGUCAUUAGGCUCUGCAUCGUCCCCACAUUCCAAAGCCCCCGAUGCCGGCCAAAGUUCGUCCUUCGGCGGCGAGCCUGAUCAACCAAUCGGUUCUCAGAACGAUUAUCCGUCUAAAGGUGAAUAUGGAGCGUCUUCCCCCGCAGCUUCGCCAUCCGGUUCAGCAGCGUCAUCUUCGCCCUUCAAGCCUGCUCUUCCUACUCAAAGUCCAUCCUCUCUCGAUAUUCAGCCCACCGGAACUCAUAGCGGUUACAUUUCUAAGAGUGAAUACGGAGCCCCUUCUUCGGCGGCUUCGCCAUCCGGUUCAGCGUCGUCCUUACCCAUCGACGCUGCUGAAACGUCGACGCACUAA